AUGAGUACCGGAGAGAUACAUCACCUGAACUACCUGAAUGAAAACGAACUGAUGGAGAUGGACACGUUCAUUCACCGCAUCGACUCCACCGAGGUGAUUUAUCAGCCGCGGAGGAAGAGGGCCAAGUUGAUAGGAAAGUACUUGAUGGGGGAUCUGCUGGGGGAAGGAUCGUACGGAAAGGUGAAGGAAAUGCUGGACUCGGAAACUUUAUGCCGCAGGGCCGUCAAGAUACUGAAAAAGAAGAAGCUGAGGAGGAUUCCGAACGGAGAGGCAAAUGUGAAAAAGGAGAUUCAGCUGCUAAGAAGACUGCAACACAAGAAUGUGAUUCAGUUGGUGGACGUUCUCUACAAUGAAGAAAAGCAGAAAAUGUAUAUGGUGAUGGAGUAUUGCGUGUGCGGAAUGCAAGAAAUGCUGGACAGCGUCCCGGAAAAAAGGUUUCCUAUAUUUCAAGCUCACGGGUACUUUUGCCAACUCUUAGAUGGCCUUGAAUAUUUGCACAGCCAGGGAAUUGUUCACAAAGACAUUAAACCAGGCAAUCUGCUGUUGACCACAGAUGGAGCACUUAAAAUAUCGGACCUGGGAGUAGCUGAAGCCCUGCACCCGUUUGCAGAGGAUGACACGUGUCGUACAAGUCAGGGCUCUCCGGCCUUUCAGCCACCGGAGAUUGCCAACGGCCUGGACACAUUUUCAGGGUUUAAAGUGGACAUUUGGUCAGCAGGGGUAACACUAUACAACAUUACUACAAGUCUUUAUCCGUUUGAGGGAGACAAUAUCUAUAAGCUAUUUGAGAACAUUGGAAAAGGGGAAUUUACUAUUCCUGAUGAGUGCGGACCCCUUCUUUCGGACCUGUUGCGAGGAAUGCUCGAGUAUGACCCUGCAAAGAGGUUUUCCAUACAAAACAUAAGGCAACACAAUUGGGUGCGGAAGAAACACCCUUCAACGGAGCUCCCCGUGCCCAUUCCCGCCAGCGCGGAGAGCAGAGACCCUUGGCGCAGUAUGACGGUGGUGCCCUACCUGGAGGAUCUCCACGGCUACACUGACGAGGACGAUGACGAGCUUUAUGACGGCGAGGACGAGAUCAUCUACACUCAGGAUUUCACAGUGCCAGGACAAGUGGCCGAAGAAGAUCAAGAUCUAGGGCACGCGGACUACAGCCCGCCCGUGGCCAAGCCCGUUUGCGUGAACGGGACAGAGGUCGGGACCCUGAACAGCAAGGCCAAAACCGAACGGCGGUCUUCGUCCUCGUCCAACCCCUCGCGCAAAGGGGUCUCCACGGCGAGCAAGAUCCGCAAGCUCUCCACCUGCAAGCAGCAAUGA